AUGUCUAUUGAAGCUCGCCUAGAAAGUGCUACUACCGAAUUUCAAAAAAUUCAAAAAGAUCUUACAAGUGCGGUGGAAGCAAGACAAAAACUUGAUACCCAAUUACAGGAAAACGAAAUCGUUGAAAAG